GCUCCGUUGGAAGUCGCGUGUGUUUGGAGUCAACUGCUUUUUUGUGAAGGGAGCCGCCCCGUUUGACUACGGACCCUCUUUUCUCUUUCCUAACCCACAAUGCAAUUCUCAACUGUAUUGAUAGGUCUCCUGGCCACUCUGGUCUCGACCGUGACGGCGACCGCUCUAACAUACAGACUCGAGGCCAACGAGAAGGCUUGCUUCUAUAACUACGUUGACCAGAGGAAUGCCAAGGUUGCGUUUUAUUUUGCCGUUCAAUCCGGCGGCUCUUUUGAUGUCGAUUACUCAGUCGUUGGCCCUGGAGAGAAGGUUAUCCUAGAUGGAACAAAGGAGCGGCAAGGCGACUUUGUCUUCACCGCUCAGAGCAUUGGAGAGUACCGAUUCUGCUUCAACAAUGAGAUGUCAACAUUCGCGGAGAAAAUGGUCGACUUUGAGAUUGCUGUCGAGAAUGAGGAGCGCGCGCAAUUGCCUUCACGACAAGGUGCCAGUCCCGAGCAGGCAUCGGCCCUUGAAGAGUCCAUCUACAAACUGUCCGCUCAGCUGUCGACUAUUGCCCGCAACCAGAAGUACUUCCGGACCCGCGAGAACCGCAAUUUCAGCACGGUUCGCAGCACAGAGAGGCGGAUUUUCAACUUCAGUGUGAUUGAGGGCUUGAUGAUGGUGUCCAUGGCUGGUCUGCAGGUGUUUAUUGUUCGGUUCUUCUUCCAGGGUGCACGGAAAGGCUACGUGUGAUGAAUGACAUGAAUAAUAUGGUUUUGUCUGUUGAAUUGCGGUGUCUACAAUUGUAUCUAUCCCUUUGUCAUAAGAUCUAGAAAUAGUGCACCUUUGAUGCUGAAGCCUGUGUCCCUUGCAAGC